AUGCGAGCCCGCGAGGCACGUGACGCCGGGCCCGGGCCGGCAGCAACAACAAGCACGUGCGCUGGGGACCCGCGGCGACCCCGGCGGCUCCUCUCGAGAAUCAAAAGAACACGCGUCUUGCGGCUGAAGGAUUUCUGCCUCUCAACUGGGUUACCAGUCCUGGUCCCGCCAUCCCAGCCUCACUGCUACCUUCACGGGACUCUCGAGAUGGGCCACCUCAUCUCCCUGUACUGCUUUGCCGAGCAAGGGUUGCCUCCUCCUACUUACCAGUGGCAAAGAGUGUCGGGGGACACCGUCAAGAAUAUAACGGAGUCAUAUAGUUUCAAAACGGGUGCCUUUGUUAUUGGCAACUUGACAUAUCUGGAAGAAGGCUACUACCGCUGCACGGCUGCCAACUCCCUUGGAUCCAAAAGCUGCCAAAUUAACCUCUCCACUUCCCAAACUGGCGUAAUUAUUGGAGCAUUGAUCGGAGCAAUUCUAGUCGUUGCUUUGAUCUGUGGUGUUGUCUGGUUUUUAACUUCAAAGGAGAAGAAAAAGAAGAGAAAAGAGAAAACAGCAAUGAUCGAAACACAGGAUGUUUCCCAGAAGGAACCACUGAAUGCUGAGUAUACGGCUGUGCCCAACCAAGAAAGCGUGCCCCUGUCAACUGUUCCACCAAGCAAAGGAUCCACUGAGACAAAUGAAUACGUUGCUCCGGAGGAGAUCGAAGUCAGAGCCGAGCCUGAAAAUGAGACGCAAGAAGAGGCGCGCCAGCCAGAGGCCUAGCCUCUCAUACCAGACCUGAAAGGUCCACUGGAGCAACCCAUCUGCUGCCAAAUUGGUUCCACAAGGGACAGCACAUACCCCUCUGUCCCAGCCCAGCACGGGCAACACUUAUAACAAAGCAUACCUGCACACACCAAUCCCCAUCUGGAUUAGGGUUUAUCAGUGCUCACCCCCCUGUGGUUCUCAUAACUUCAUGCCCCACAUUUAACACCGAAGGAUCAGUACAUAGGCUUGGGUUUGGUUCCUGGAAGGGGAGUGCCCUGUUGAAGGGAAGGUGACUACCUUUCCCUGCUCCAGCAAGCCAAAGCUGAUUGCCCUGACCA